AUGCAACAAUUCUGUCGACAUUUGCUAGUGUGUAUUUUGUUGUUUUUUUGUUGAAGUUUGAUCUACUUGCAGAAAAGACCACGAACUAGCCCACGACACACCCUGAUCGCCCCUCCGCGCCAGCAGUCACAAGCGAUCGUGCUCCACGCUUACCCUUUCGUCCCCGCAGCCACUUCCACUCGAGUGGAUUCAUGCUCGGCCCUCGCCAUGCAGAACCACCACGCCAAGGAGCACCUGUACAAGAUCCUGGUCAUAGGAGACCUCGGGGUGGGCAAGACCAGCAUCAUCAAGCGGUACGUGCACCACAACUUCAGCCCCAACUACAGAGCCACCAUCGGCGUGGACUUCGCCCUCAAGGUCCUCAACUUGGACCAGGAGACCGUGAGACUGCAGUUGUGGGACAUUGCAGGUCAGGAGAGAUUCGGCAACAUGACCCGUGUGUACUACCGCGAGGCAAUGGGCGCCUUCAUCGUGUUUGACGUGACAAGACCCGCCUCCUUUGAGGCCGUCACCAAAUGGAAGGAGGACUUGGAUUCCAAGGUGUCGCUAGGCAAUGGCAAGCACGUGGCCACCGUGCUCCUGGCUAAUAAAUGUGACCAGGGCCGGGACGUACUGACCAAUAAUGGAAUAAAGAUGGAGCAGUUCUGCCAGGAGAACGGCUUUGUGGGAUGGUUCGAGACAUCUGCCAAGGAGAACAUCAACAUCGAUGAAGCUGCUAACUGCCUGGUGAAACACAUCAUUUCCAGCGAGAAUGACAUGCUGCAAUCAGAGGUCCCAGACACCAUCAUCCCUCAUUUAGAGACGGAAAAAGGCGGGGCGUGCUCCUCUUGCUUCAGAUCACAGUAAUGGCGCGUAUGUGGCAUCGUUUUUGUAUGCGACGACAUGCAAAGUCGCACCGUGAAUCCAAAAACAUGCACGAUAGGCUCAUUGUAGAGUGCAAAUUGUCCAUAGGUGUGACCGUUAAUGUACCCCGCCUCUCCCCCCCGAUGUCAUCUAAGAUAGGUUCCAUCUUACUCAUGACCCUAAUGAGGACAGGAGGUAUAUAAAGGAGAGAGAGCACAGAGGAAAUGGGAGGCAUGGAAGAAAAGCUAGAGAGACAGAAGGAUGGAUGUACCUGUCAAAGACAAGGUCACUCACAUCUCCAGCACUCCCACGUGCGUAACCAUGGAGACGCAGUUACUUAAUGAACACAUGGAGGAUACCGGUGAAUAUCUCUGCGAAAGGUCCGAAUCUUGGCUGUCACUCGUUAUACUCAGUCUCUCUCUCUCGCCCACUCCGUUUUAUUAUCCCGCCUCUUUUUUGCCCCCCCCCCAUCCCUCAUUGCCAUACAGUGUUCCUUCAGUAAUUACCCAAUAACUCUACAGUUACAUGGCUGAUAUCACUUUCCAUUCCAAAUAUAUUACCCCUGGCUUUGUUAUUACAGUGUCCUUUUUAAUAUGUCAGCGUCCACAUGAUCAAAUAUUUUAUUUAUAAAUGCAAUAAGAGAUAUAAGUUAUCAAUAUAUGGCAACAUUUAUGACAGUUUUAUACUCAGGAUAAACCUUAACUUACUUUCACCAAAUUGAUGUAAAAGGGGAGAAAGUAUUUUGAUUUUUAUCCACUGGUUUUAUACUCUAAUUUCUAAUGUUCAUAACUUGUAAUAUUUGUAAUUAUCUAUCUAUACAAAUAUGUACAUAUUAUAUUCUAAUGUGUCUUGUUAUCAACAUGA